AUGCGACUGCCGAACUCCCACGGCCGCAGAGGCCACAGAAGGCAACACAGCGGAGACACACAUGAGCAAAGACACGUGGAUAACACCAGGCUUAAGGUGUACAACAUCGACGACUACGCGAAGUUAGUGUCUGGAGCACAAGAAAAUGCUGUCGCCUCACAACUCGAAAUAUCACCAGGAACGUUCCUCACCAACCUCGCUACAGGGACCAACCGGAUACUAGGCGAGCUCGCUGAGUUGUCGUCGGGACCAUUCCCGACCUAUAACAACCAGCCGAAGAUCGCGCCAUACGCGGAUGCACUGCAGCAGGCGACGGCGCCCGCGGUGAGCCCGAUGCCCAUGCAGCCAGCUAUGCCGAACCCUGCAGUAGUGCCGCAGGUGAUGCCACAGCCAGUUGUCGCCAUGCCACCCGUCGCUGCCAUGCCGCCUGUGGCGGAGGCGAUGCCGGUGGUUCCGGUCAUGCAGCAACCCGCGCAAGUGAUGCCGGCUGCGAUGCCCGUCGUGCAGGCACAGCCUCAGGAGCAUGCCGAUACAGAAAAGGUGAAUUCGAUCCUGAAAAAGGCGUUUGCAGCGAACUCGCUUCCGCAGAUACGUGAGAAAAAUUUCAAUUUGAUAACAAUAGGAGUCGUCGCGGUCGUAGUUGUCAUCUUCAUCAUAGCCGGUAUCAUCGUCAGAAUCAAGCAGAGGAAGAAGAAGUCAAGCAAAAAAUCAUAA